ACUCAAUGACCCACGUGCAACGUGACAGCAAAUAGCAAGAACACAAUCGAUCACAAUUUUGCAUCAAGUUGGAUCGACUUUAUAGUUUGCUAGCAACUACCAUCGAGCUACACGAUCCACCACUAUUGAUAGCAGUAAUCAAAAUAAAUGUCAAAAUUCGAAAAACAGACUUGAGCUGAGCCUGAAAAAACAGUGAAAUCAUCACCAACCAACCCAUUCAUAAUCAUUCAAGAUGAAAUUAAACAGUAACACUAAAAUAGUUGGAAAGAACUUGGUACUCGUACCAUAUAGAGAAUAUCAUGUGCCCAGGUACCACGAGUGGAUGCAAUCUGUAGAACUGCAGAAACUAACAGCAUCGGAACCAUUGACAUUAGAGGAGGAAUACGAAAUGCAAAGGUCUUGGCGUGAAGAUGAAGACAAAUGCACUUUUAUAAUAUUAGACAAAGAUAUUUAUGAAAAAAGUAAUGAUGAUACAGAUGCAAUGAUUGGAGACACAAAUAUAUUCAUAACUGACAAUGAGCUUGCAGCAGGUGAAAUAGAAAUUAUGAUAGCGGAGGAGUCAGCCCGUGGCAAAAAGUUUGGAUGGGAAGCUGUUAUUUUAAUGUUCCUUUAUGGAAUAAAACACAUAAAUAUAAAACUAUUUGAAGCAAAAAUAUCUCUGACUAACACUAUCAGUAUCAAAAUGUUUAAUAAAUUAGGUUUUCAGGAAAAGUCAGUUAGUGAAGUGUUCCAAGAAGUCACCUUGGAAAAGAAAGUAAAUGAUGAAUGGAUUAGAUGGUUGAAUGAACAAGCGCAAUAUGAAAUACAAACAUGUUGAUGCACAUUUACAUGUAUGUUAUUUUGCUUAUAUAUUAUAUUACCCUACAUUAUAACUACUAGCUGAAA